AUGACUGCUCUCCCUACCCCACCCCGCUCAGCCUCACCCUCGAGCCCCCGUAUCGAUGCGGCCAAGCUCGAGUCUCAGCCCCGCCUCAGCCGCCACCGGAUCCGCUCGGUGGUUAUGCGCGCCGGGACCUCCAAGGGACUGUUCUUCCGACAGGAGGAUCUCCCCGAGGACCGGGCGGAAUGGCACCAGAUCAUCACCACCGCGAUGGGCUCGCCAGACUCAUACCUCAAGCAGCUCAACGGGAUGGGCGGUGGCGUGAGCACGCAGAGCAAGGUCGCAGUGGUGGGGAGGUCAAGCGAUCCUCGAGCAGAUGUGGACUAUACAUUCAUCCAAGUCCCGAUUGACGGGGGAGCUCUGGACUUUUCAGGCAACUGCGGCAAUAUGGCCAGUGGUGUCGGACCCUUUGCUGUCGAUGAGGGGAUGGUAUCUGCCAAAUUCGACGGUCUGGAGGAGGUCACUGUUCGCAUCCUCAACACCAACACCUCUAAAAUCAUCCACUCCACCUUCCUCGCCGAGCACGGCUACCCUGUGGAGUUUGGCGAGCUCAAGCUUGACGGGGUGAGCGGUUCAGGCUCGCCCAUCCGCCUCGACUUUGUCGACCCAUCCGGAAGCAUGACGGGCAAACUCCUUCCUACCGGUUCGCCCACCGAUACCAUCGUCGUCCCCUUCCGCGGCGUUCCCACCACCUUCACCGUGUCCUGCGUCGACGCCGCCAACCCCUUCAUCUUUGUCUCUCGCGAGGCCCUCGGUUUGACCGGCGACGAGCUCCCCGCGGUGAUUCAAGAGAGUAUGACCGAGGUGUUGAUGGCUAUCCGCGCCGAAGUGGCGGUCAAGAUGGGUCUCGCCACUUCUCCUGCUGCCGCCCGGCUCGUCAUGGGUACUCCCAAGAUCGCCAUCGUCGGUCCUCCCUGCGCCUACACUACCCCGGCCGGCCGGAACGUGUCCUCGGACGAGAUGGACAUCUGGGUACGCCCCUUCUCUAUGGGCAAGCCCCACCCCGCCCUCCAAAUGACCGGCGCCGUCUGUCUCGCCGCCGCGUGCGCCGUACCUGGCUCGCUCGUCAACGUUAUCGCGACCAAGUCGCAGGCUGCGCGGGUCGCAGCCAAGGCGCCACCAUUGUUGAUUGGCCACGCGUCGGGGACGAUGGCGACAGACAGUCAGGCGUCAGUAGGGGAGGACGGGACGAUCGAGGUAAAGAGCGGGAGUGUGUAUAGGACAGCCAGGAGGUUGAUGGAGGGUUCCGUAUUGUAUUCCAAGUAG